AGCACUGCUCACAGAACGUGACAAGGUAAGUCUCACUGCAGACCAUGCAGCUGCUUUUCACAGAGGUUUAUCUAAACCCUCUAUUGUGUUUUCAGCCUCUCAUUCCUAAAAGGAUGCAGUCAGUUUCAGUUAUAGUUGUUUUCUGCAGACAUUAAUAGUUCACUUGUCCUGUAAACAGGCUGAUUUCUCUGAGACAAACUCAAGUGCACAGAGGCUGGUGCUAGGGUCUCGAAGAGCAGCUGGAGUAAAGAGGAAUACAUCCAGAAGGCUGUGAUGUGAUUAGGAAAUGAGAAGAAAGAAAGAGCUCCCUAAUCUUCUACUCCUUAAGGGAUGGUGAAGCUCAUGAAAAUAAAUUCAAGAUCUGGAGCUAAAUGAACAUUUUCCAAAGGGAAAGGAAAACUUUUAUAGUAUAGCAGGAGUAGUGUCUCUGAGAAUGGUCUGGACUUGUCAUUAUGUUCUGCACUCUGAACAGGACUCUAAGCCCAGGAACAGCAGAUGCCCAACAGCAGCUCCAUCAGUGAGUUCCUCCUGCUGCCGUUGGCAGACACACGGCAACUGCAGCUCCUGCACUUCUGGCUCUUCCUGGGCAUCUACCUGGCUGCCGUCCUGGGCAACGGCCUCACCAGCACAUCUGUAGCCUGCGACCGCUGCCUGCACACCCCCAUGUACUUCUUCCUCCUCAACCUGGCCCUCCUCGACCUGGACUGCAUCUCCACCACUCUCCCCAAAGCCAUGGCCAACACCCUCUGGGAAACCAGGGCCAUCUCCUACGCAGGAUGUUCUGCACAGCUCUUUUUCUUUCUCUUCUUCGCCUCAGCAGAGUAUUUCCUUCUCACCAUCAUGUCCUAUGACCGCUACGUUGCCAUCUGCAAGCCCCUGCACUACAGGGCCCUGAUGGACAGCAGAGCUUGUGCCUCUAUGGCAGCAGCUGCCUGGGGCACUGGGGUUCUCAGUUCCCUGCUGCACAUUACCAGUACGUUUUCACUGCCUCUCUGCCAAGGCAAUGUUGUGAACCAGUUUUUCUUUGAAAUCCCCCAGAUCCUCAAGCUCUCCUGCUCAGAAUCAAAUCUCAGGGAAGUUGUGUUUCUCAUUUUUAGUAUCAGUUUAGUCUUUGGGUGCUUUGUUUUCAUAGUGGUGUCCUAUGUGCAGAUCUUCAUGGCUGUGCUGAGGAUGCCCUCUGAGCAGGGAAGGCACAAAGCCUUCUCCACAUGUUUCCCUCACCUGGCCGUGGUCUCCCUGCUUCUCAUCACUGGCUUUUUUGCCUACCUGAAGCCCCCCUCUAUUUCCUCCCCACUCCUGGAUCUGACAGUGGCACUUCUGUAUGCAGUGAUUCCUCUAACACUGAACCCUAUUAUCUACAGCAUGAGGAACAGGGAGAUCAAGCACGCACUCAGGAAGGUGUUGCAAUAUGCUCGAUUCUGGCUUCCCUAAAAUGCACAUCUUCCUCACACAAUUCCCAGUGAUGGUUCUUUAUGUUUUUUGCAUCUUUGAAUGUUUGUGUGUGAUACAGCA